AUGGCAUUGGCAGUCGUGGCGGCGUCCUUGGGAGCAUCAUGGAUACGCAACAAGUUCGACGUCGCUAUCACUACUGCCAACACUAACUUGAUCGUGGAAGACUACGACUGCUUCCACGAGUAUACCAUUGAGAUCCUCUCUCUGGAUCCAGUAAUGAUGUAUCUGAACAAUUUUGUCUCAGACAACGAGGUCAAGCACUUACUUGAGGUCACUAAAGAAGGGUUCAACGACUCUUUCGUGUAUCUGCCGAACGGGACUUCCGUGGUGGACAAGCGCUACCGGACUUCCAAGUCGGCCAUGGUGCCCAAGAACGAUACCGUGUCACGAUGCCUGCAGAAAAGGGUGCAGUCGCUGCUGGGCAACGUCCAGCACGAGGACACGGAGAGGCUGCAGCUGGUCAAGUACGCCGAGGGCGAAAAAUUUGUGCUGCACAACGACUGGCUGGAGAAUGUGCUCUAUACCAAGGCCACCAAAACUAAGCCGGCCAGGGCUUAUAACCGCCUUGUAAGCAUCUUUGUGUAUUUGGAGGACGACUGUGAGGGCGGCGAGACCUACUUCCCUAACAUCAAGGGCGUGCCAGCGACGGCAGACGGAACCAAGUUCUCUCGGGAUGCCGACGACAUUGGGCUCCUGGUCAAGCCGCGAAAGGGCAACGCCGUGUUCUGGAACAACAUCCACCCCAAUGGCACCGGCGACGACCGCUUGGACCAUUCUAGCCUGCCCGUGGAGUCCGGCACCAAAAUUGGCAUGAACAUGUUUGGCCUGUAUUUUCCCGACAAGCCAAUUUGGCUUAAUGGCUUGCGAGGCGUUGCCUCUCUGCUUGUGUACUGGCAUCACCAGCAGCUCUGGUGGCAUCAUAAACACACCAGUUUACUCGAGCGAGGAUGGGGCUAUCAUCAAAAGUUUUGCUUGGCUACAUUUCCAUUCAUUCGUACGCUCUUCACUGGUGGACAUUUCGCCGUGGCCGUCUUGUUUGUCAUCUCUGGCUAUGCAAUUUCCAUCAAGCCACUACAGCAGACUCGCGCUCAAGAUUACGUCGGCUUGAACAACACCUUAGCUUCUGCUUUCCUAAGACGUUGGCCACGAUUAUUUAUCCCGUUCUUGUUUGUCACCUUCGUUUAUAUGAGCUCGUGGUACGUACCAGGCAUGAGAGCUUCGCUGCGCCCGCCCACUGCCUCGGACAGCUGGUCUGUCGAAGUUCGAUCCUGGCUCAGCGAAGCGGCGGACUAUACAUUUGUCUUCAGCAACUUGAAACAGCCGUGGUUCUCCUACAACAAUCAUAUGUGGUCGCUUCCACUGGAAUUCCGCGGUUCCAUUUUAUGCUUGGCAGCGUUGCUAUCACUAUCCCGAUGCACACAGCGAACUCGCUUGUGCUCAUACAUCGGUCUGAUGUUCUAUUUCUUAUACUUCGUCGAUGGGUGGUACUGUGCGCUCUAUUUAUCUGGCAUGUUGCUGCGCGGGCUUGAUGACAUUCGGGAACAUCCAGAACCAAAACAAAAGUCCGCCAAAUAUAAUCAGAACACAGCCAAAGUCGACGAAUCCCCAUAUGUUAAAGGUUGUAUUAUUUCUACAUUUAUUUUUGUAUUUGGUAUUUAUCUGGGAAAUGUACCUCAUGUUCACUUGGGGGUGCUACGCCAAACGCCCGGGUGGCGUUGGCUGUCGCUUCUCAAACCCACCGCCAUGCCAGAUCCAAAAUGGUUCUAUUUAUUUUGGGCUGCAUCAUUUGUCGUCUUUUCCAUCUCAAGGCUACCAAAACUCAAGUUUUUGUUGGAAAAGAAUGCCCCCCAGCAGCUUGGGAGGCUCUCCUUCUCACUAUAUCUCAUUCAAGGACCGAUCCUUUGGACAGUUGGUCCUACCCUUGACUACCUGCUUGAAUGGGAUGAAAGUUACGUCAUGGAGCAGAAUGGUACUACAAGCUCUGGGCCCCUCGGAAUGGAAGUUGGAUUUCUAUUGGCACAAGCGAUUUUGUUUCCAAUCUCGGUGUGUUAUGCGCAUCUGUUAGAAAAGAUGCUCGGGCAGCCUCUCAACAGGUUGCUCCAGUAUUAUUCCCUCACAUUGUUCAAUGUUCAGGCCGACAACAACGUCAAAAAUAAAUAA